AGUUGGUUUGGACUUUAAAUGUUGCAAUAUUAUCUAAAAGAGCACUGUAGUAACAACUUAAAGAAUUUUUGCCUCAAAUCUUUAUGCAUUCUUGGAUCAAGAUCAUAUUCCUGCCUACCCAGUUGGUGAGAAACAUGGUGAUGGUGGCGUGCGCCUGCGCACACCAGGCUGCCACUGGUGACGGCGCCAAGACGUUCGUCAUCUUCCUCUCCAGCCUGCUGCAAGGCCUUCUGAUGGCUCUCGGCAAGGGGGUGGCAGCAACGGCAUCUCCCGUUCCUCGGCGGGGGCAGAGAGGGAACAGCUGCAUCGGGCGGAAGGAAAUCGCUCAGUCCCUCGUGGCCUUUCAGACACGAGUACUGGACCAAGUGGUGACGCAGGACCUAGGGAAGCACUUCCUGUCUGCUUUCCCUCACCGCACAGCUGGGAUCGAGAGGCCUAUGUUGGAGUCCAUAUUUGAAGCUUACUUAUGUGGAAGGAUAGGAAGAACUCACUUGAAGUUUCUUUCCCAGUUGGGCUGCGAUUACUAUUACCUGUGCAUGCCGUGUGAGACGGGAAGCAACGAAACGCUGAAUUUCGUGAAUGACUGCUUCAUGGAAUUGCACACUGCUGUGACGGGCCUUCCGGUUUCCAGCUCCAGGGUCCUGGAUGGACUUGUUCUUCAGAGAGAUUUUGUUGCAUACUGUCCAGCAGAUGGUGACAUAAGAAUGUUAAUAGUCACAGACUCUAUCCUUCCUGCUCUUUCUGCCUCUGGUGUAGAGUUUAUUGUGAAUACGCAGGUUCAGUAUCAAGCUUCUCAAGCUUGGAUUUCCAAAAGAACAGAAGCUGUAAUGAAAUACUUGCAGAACCACAAGGUUAAGGUGUUACUGUCACGUGCGAAGCAAGAGGAAAUGGUUAUUUACUAUGCAAAACUAAGUGGUAUAUCUGUGGUACAUUGUUUAUCACCAGAAGAAGUCUCUCUUCUUUGCAGGAUUACAGGAAUCUCACCAUUCAGAUAUUGGGACAACAUACAUAGUGAGAUCACUGAAACUGCCACAGCAAAAUUUUGUCGGCCUAUCCUACUUGGCUCCAAGAGAUACGUUCAUCUUGGUUUUUCAGGAACAUCUGCUUUUCGGCCUCAUUGUGUAAUUCUUUGUGGACCAGUGCAUGGUGUUACAGAGCAGCAUGCAUCUGCUUUUCAUGGAGCGUUUAAAAUGUUACAGCUACUGUUUAAAGCAGUUGAUCAAACUGACAGAUGUAAAGAGAAAACUGAACACCCAAAUAAAUCUUCAGAUGCUUUGGGUUGUAGUUGCCAUUCAGCUACUCCACAGAAAUUCAAAACGGAGGAUGUUAUGCAUAGCAGUGACAAGACCACUGAUCAACAACUGAAUGUUAUUAGGUCUGAAAGGGAAAGCCAGCUGACAGACUCUGCCAUGGGGACAGGUGAAAAUCCAGCAUUUGUUCAAAAAGAUUUGCAGAAAUCCCUAAACCUUGCUGUGCCCAUCACAGAAAUAGAAAAUGAUAAGUUUCCAGGGCUCACUAAUAAAAGUCCUUUUUUAGGAGAGACAGAGAACUUGCAUUUGAAAUAUAGACAUCCAAGUGAAAUACAGGUUAAGGGUGAAAGUAAGCCAGUUGUCUCUAACCAACACAUUUGUAAGGUUGCCACAGCAGUGGCAGGAAAUACCAGUACUGAAGUUGUACCCAGACAUCUGAGCACUAUUAAGGACUGCUGGAAAGAAAGCAGUGAGUUAGUUCCAUUUGAGGAUGAGAGCAGUUAUAAAAGUUCUGUUCAAAAUUAUUCUGACUUGUUCAUACAGGCAGGAUCAGUAUUGCCAGUAGGAGGUAACUUUGAGAUCUUACUGCAUUAUUACCUCUGUAACUAUGCAAAACAAUGUCAGCAAUCAAAAAUAAGUAUUAUUUCUACUGUAAUUGCUGAUGCAUUGCUAAGUAUUCCAGAAAUCCUUUACAGGACAGAGAGAGGCAGUGGUUUUCCUAAGUUCUAUCUUGAAGCCAUCAGUGCACUCAGAAAUAAUCAGCCACUGCCCAGGCCUCAAAAAGGCCUAGAAUCAGUGUAUUGUAAAUACCUGCUGGUUGCUUCUGUUCUUCAUUGUGUUACAAAGCUUCUCUCUGUUGACUUGAUAAUUGGUAUUAAGAGACUGCCUCAGAUAACUGAGGCUAAUGAUUCCGAAGAAGACUUGUGAAAAUGAUGAGGGGUUGUUUUUUUUUUUUUUGUUUAUCACGUGUUCUGGACAACAGGCACGCCAAAGCUCACUGCAGGCAUUAAUAGAGCCAAUUUGAGCUAAUGUGCCUGUUUCUGUAACAGUAAAGGAAGGUAUAAGCAGAUCAACUUCAGGUUAUUUACUGCUGGUGAUCUCCACAAAAGUUUCGUAGUUUCAAGCACAAAGGUUACAGUAUGCAGGUGCUGGCUGUCUACACUGCUUACUGUAUCAUGGUGCAGAGAGUCUUAUGUGGGUCUCUGCCCAUGAAUGAAGCCUGUCUCAUUUUGAGGUUUAGUAAUGCAAAUUAGCUUUGGCCCUUUGUUUUCUGACAAGUUACCAGACUUUACAAGAUAUUAAGUUAGCUGAGAACAAGGUUUAACAACUGUCACAAUUUCUCUUUAGUUUUCUUAACCUUAAUAAGGAGUUGAAUUAUGUGUUUAUAAGCAGUUUGAUAUCUAUUUUUACUGUUAAAACAUGGAGGCAGUAAGCUGUAGGCCACUGCAUUUCAUUCCUGUGAAAGACUGCUACAAAAUGAGUGCCAGCUUUUUUAUUUUCUGCUGAAAUAAAUGUUGGCCAAACAAACAAUGCUAGGAAGUAAACUCGCAUUCUGUCUGGCCCACUGUUUGUUCUGACAGACUAACUUGUCAUGCGGUAUUAUUUCUGACUCCAGUAUUGAGCUGUACUGGCUUAUAUCCUGGUGCUAUUAUAAAAAUAAGCUGAGGCAAAGAGAGAAAUGCACCUUUUUUGUUUCAAGGUUAGUCUGAACUUGAUGUAUUAAUUUUCAUGUGUUUCAGCUGUCUCUCUUUUAUUUGUGUGCUGCAUGUUUCAGGGUAGGAGGCAGAUAGUCAAUAAAUGAGCAACUGCAACCACAAAAGGUAUCAUUUGUUCCCUUUGUAGAAUUACUGCACUGUAUAUGAUUCCUGUUGGUAUUCAUAUUAAGUAAACUGCCUUUAAAUUAAAGUAGUAUGAGAAAUUUAAAAAUCAUAUGAUAUAAGCAAAGCAUUCAAGCCAGUAGUUCUCAUCCUUUUUAAACUUAAGGUACCCCCUGUAAUUUUUGUGAAUUUUCCAGCUCCCCAUUUCAAAAAUUAAUUUAUUAUUACAGCGUUUACCUCCUUGUAGAAUGACUAGGCAGUGGGUGGGAGAGGAGAGUGGUCAGGCAUCUUCAAACCUAAAUCUGUGCUUAUCUCUGUGCAG